AAGCCGCUGGGUGGAGGGGCAAGGAGAACACACCGGUAACGUGGAGAGGAAGCAUUGCAGCUGAGUGGAGGGAUUGCUCGUCAGGGGAGCUAGCCACACGUGUUUUAUUGAGACCCAGAUUCCUUUUUACAUGCUCCAAAAUCCUUACUUUACUCUCUAACCCUAAAAGUACUACGCAAAAGUCUUCCUUCUUUCAAAGUAAAGCCAUCAGAGUAUCACUGUGUAACGGCAUUAUGGUGAAGAAAAAAGUAAAAAACAUUCCUGUAGAAGAUUCGUCAGAUACUGGACCAGCAUGCAGUCAUCUCCGGAAAGCAGUAGAAGAAGGACCAGUUAAAAAGGCUUUGGUGAAUGUCGAUUGGACCAUUUGUCAGGAUUGUCCAACGGACAACAAGGAGAAGGAUGGUUCUGAAGAGGAGUCUGUAGAAAGCUCUCCGAUUUGGCUGUGUCUCAAAUGUGGAAAUCGGGGUUGUGGGAGGUAUUCGACACACCAGCACGCAUUAAACCAUUAUAACAAACCAAGAUCAGUCCCUCACUGCGUGGUGCUCAGUAUGGAGACGUGGGGUGUAUGGUGCUAUGCAUGUGAUGUUGAAGUUCCAUUCGCUAACACUAGUCGAUUAGGUCAGCUGGUGGAAUACAUCCAACGAAAAUCCAAAUCAAGUGUCAAAACUCUCAAUUCAGUAUUAACAGAGCAAGAUGUGUGUACAUCUGAAAAGGUGGAAGAGACAAUUAAAAGUAGAACGAGCGAGAACAUGGAAGAAGAUCCCAACAAAAUUUCUAAAGGGGACAAAGCAGUCAACAUCUUGAGUAACAAUCAAGAACCCACUGUAAAGGGGCUCAGUAAUUUGGGGAACACGUGCUUCUUUAAUGCUGUGAUGCAAAAUUUAUCACAGACCCCUACCUUAAGGGAGCUUCUGAUUGAAGUAAAAUUACCCCAGAGUGUUUCUGUUGAACUGCUGGAUUCUUCUCUUCAAGAGUUGAAUUUAAAUCAGUCGCCUGGACCCCUGACCUUAGCAAUGUCCCAGUUCCUGACAGAAAUGCAGGAAACCAAAAAAGGGGUGGUGACCCCAAAAGAGGUCUUCACUCAGGUCUGUAAAAAAGCUAUACGGUUUAAAGGAUACCAGCAGCAAGAUAGUCAGGAACUGCUUCGUUACCUUCUGGACGGCAUGAGAGGCGAGGAGAUCCAGAGAAUACGUGUUGCAAUGACCAAGGAGCUGCACGGUACCUCUGAAAAACAAGAUGAAGAGGAAAUUAAAAAGAAAAUUAAAGACUGUGAAAAACGAAGAGCGUUCCCGAACUUCGUGGACCGUUUAUUUGGAGGAGAGCUUACUAGUACAAUUAUGUGUGAGGAAUGUCAUACGGUGUCACUGGUGCAUGAACCAUUUCUUGACCUUUCCCUUCCUGUUCUGGAUGAUGUGCUCUCAAAAAAGGUUUCUCCUAAAACCUCAAAAAAUUUGGGGGUAAAGAAGCCUCAAGACGAAGAAGAAGAAGAUGAGGAUGACGACGAUAGCUAUGUGAAAGAGAAAAGUGAAGGGACUGGAACAAGUAAACAUCUUCAGAAAAAGGCCAAGAAACAAGCUAAAAAGCAGGCAAAGAAUCAGCGUCGGCAGCAGAAAUUCGAAAAUAAGACAGUGCUCUUCAACAAUCUAUGUGCCACACAGAAGGAAGAUGACAGUGGCAACGAAGAAUCGGUCUCAGACAAGCCUGAGUCGGAAACUAACCCAAAGCAGGAUGCGAACGGCCAUUCUGACAAUUUAGAUACGGUCAGUCGAGAAGAUAAUGCUAAUUUGGAAAGUGAUUCUAAAGGACAAACAGAACAAUCUGCUGAGAGCACUGUGACAUCAGAGGAAAUCGUGGGGGCUAAUUCUGUACUCUGCAAACAAAAGCUGGAAAGUAAUACUGACAUAGAAAUAGGCAAUCCAGAAAACAACAUGGAUAAAGCAGACAUGGAUGUAGGAAUUCUGGAAAAUAACAGUGAGCUGGGGGUCAAGGUUUUGGAAACCAGUAAUGAAAUCAGUGUCAGAAACCUGGAAAAUGGAACAGAAAUGGAUGUAGGAAAUAUGGAAAAUAAUACUGAAUCUGCUGCGUUUCUGGAAAAUGGUUCCACUGGAUGUCUAAACACGGAUACCACCGAGCUCCAAGAUGAAUCGUCACAUGUUCAGCUUGAUGGCAAUAAACCUUGCACAGAACAAUUCGAUGAAGAAGACCAAUUAACGGAAAAUUUAAAUAGACUUAAUUUGGGUCCAGUCAUUAAUCCAAGUGAAAUAGAGCUUGAGAUAAUUGAUGAACCGCCUGAAGCACAUGUCUACGAAGUGGUAAUGGAGGACCCAAAAACUGCCUUUCGUACACUAGCGGACAGACUAGAUCUCCCGUUGGAUGAAUGCUCUGUGCUCCGUUGUCUCUCUCAGUUUACUCACAAAGAAAACCUGACUGGGAACAACCAGUUGCUUUGUAAUGUGUGUACACGAAAACAUGCAAGUAAACCAAAGAACAAUGUUAAAGGAGACAAGAAAUUUGUUUACACCAAUGCCAAGAAGCAAAUGUUGAUAUCUGACCCUCCUCCAAUCCUUACGCUACAUCUGAAACGGUUUCAGCAAAAUGGUUUUAAUCUCCACAAAAUUAACAAGCAUAUCAAGUUUCCUGAACUGAUAGACUUGGCACCCUUCUGCACGGUGAAAUGCAAGAACAUCCCCAAAGGAGAGUCUAGAUUAUUAUAUUCCUUGUAUGGAGUCAUCGAACACAGCGGCACCAUGAGGUCAGGACAUUACACAGCUUACGUCAAGCUGAGGAAUCCAAAUUCUCGAUUUUAUGACCUUGUACUUCGGAGUCAAAUACCUGAAGAAUCGAACAUCGAGCCCACCAGGGGACCAUGGUAUCACAUUAGUGACAGUCAUGUGCAAGCAGUUCCACUAAGCAAAGUUCUUAACUCGCAAGCGUACCUCCUGUUUUAUGAGCGAAUACUGUAAUAUUACUUCAAAACGGCACCCUUUUCAU